AUGUGUGACCCAGAGGAGGAUGGCUGGGUGUGGGCUGAUGGAUGCUGCUGUGGCUGUCAGUGGGCCCUGCUGAUGACGGCUAAUGGGAACCUACAUGAGCAUGACGUGGGGGAGGAUGACAUCUACGACUGUGUUCCCUGUGAGGACGAUGGAGAUGACAUCUACGAGGACAUCAUCAAGGUGGAAGUUCGACAACCCAUGAAAAUGGGCAUGACAGAAGACGACAAGAGAAACUGCUGCUUAGUGGAGAUCCAGGAGACUGAGGCCAAGUACUACAAGACGCUGGAGGACAUUGAGAAGAAUUAUAUGAUCCCUUUGAAGCAAGUUCUCAGUCCACCAGACAUGGAGUCCAUCUUUGUAAAUCUCGAGGAUGUGAUUAAAGUCCACUUUGCUCUGCUGAGGGCCAUCGACCUCAACAUGGUGAGCGGAGGCAACGGUCUGGGGAAGAUCUUCGUAGACUUCAAGGAAAGAUUGUUGAUCUACGGCCAGUACUGCAGCCACAUGGAGAAUGCCCAGAAGAUACUGGAUGAGCUCAUCGCCACGCGGGAGGACGUUAAGAUGAAAGUCGAGGAGUGCACUAUGAAGGUGCAAGAGGGCAAGUUCAAGCUCCAGGACCUGCUGGUAGUGCCCAUGCAGCGGGUUCUCAAGUACCACCUCCUACUUAAGGAGCUGGUGAGUCAUUCAACUGACCAACCUGAGAGACAGCAGCUCAAGGAGGCGUUGGAGGCCAUGCAGGACCUGGCUAUGUACAUCAAUGAAGUGAAGAGAGACAAUGAAACCUUGAAGAAGAUUAGUGAAUUCCAGAACUCCAUCGAAAACCUUCAGGUCAAACUGGAGGAGUAUGGCAGACCAAAGAUAGAUGGAGAGCUCAAGGUGUCCUCCAUAGUCAACCGAACAAAGCAGGACCGGUACAUAUUCCUGUUUGAUAAAGUGGUCAUAGUGUGCAAGCGGAAAGGCUACUGCUAUGAACUGAAGGAGAUCAUUGAGCUGCAGUCGUACAAAAUGUCUGACGACCCCAUGAACAACAGGGACAUGAAGAAGGUAGGCAGCAGCGUUGAGCACUUUAAAACGAGGGACGCACAAUUUCCUUCAACAGCCUGCUGA